AUGAAUUUACCUUUCAGUGUGCACUUCCAAACUAUGGAUGUAAAGAAGUUUCCUUAUUUCAGGGACUUUCCAAUGACCACGUUUACACUAUUCCAGCUAAUGAUGGGAUUAACUGAAUUCCCUGGAACUGAUGAUAUCAUCUUGCCCAACAUCAUCAUUAUCCUUUAUACAGUUUACAUGCUGUUUGCUUUCAUUUUGCUUUUGAAUCUUUUAAUUGCUCUAAUGGCAGACACACAUUACCGAGUAGCAAAUGAGCGAAACACCCUCUGGAAGGCUCAGAUUGCUACAACUACCUUACUGCUGGAGAGAAGAAUCCCAAGUUUUCUUUGGCCACGAACUGGAAUACCUGGGGAAAUCCUGGGGCUUGAUAAAGGAAAGUGGUUUUUCAGGGUUGAAGAAUGCAAUGAUACUUAUUACAAGGGGUAUGAGAAGAAUGGACAAUAUGGAAAACAUGAAAAAGUAAAUGGCUAA